CUCAGAAAGCUCCUUCCCACAUUGGAAAAAAACAAAAAAGACAUAAGAAACUUGCACAUUGCACUAUACGUGACCAUCUUCUUCACCUCCUUUCUUUCCUCUCUUCUUCUGUGCCUUGAAGCUUUUACUUUGCGCUCUCUCUAUCUCUCUCUCUCUCUAAUAAGACUUCCUGCUCCCCUUUCUAUGGCCUCCUCUUCCGGGAGCUUGGACACCUCGGCUAACUCCCAACAAUCAAGCUUUACUUUCUCGACGACCGACCACCACCCGUUCAUGACCUCCUCCUUCUCCGACCUUCUUGCCUCGGCCUACUAUGAUGAAAACCAAAACAACAAUACCGCAGGUACAGAGAAUAAUAAGCAUCGUGGGUUGUCUGAUCGGGUAGCCGAGAGAACUGGGUCGGGUGUUCCCAAGUUCAAGUCGACUCCACCUCCUUCGCUGCCCAUUUCUCCACCUUCUGUGUCUCCCUCUUCCUAUUUCGCUAUCCCUGCUGGGUUGAGUCCAGCUGAGCUCUUGGACUCCCCUGUUCUUCUCAACUCUUAUAACAUUCUGCCAUCUCCAACUACUGGAACAUUCCCAGCUCAGGCCUUCGACUGGAAGAGCAAUUUUGGCAACAACCAGCAGAAUGUUAAGAAGGAAGACAAUAACUACGAUUUCUCUUUCCCAACCCAACAAAGGCCUCCAUUGUCAUCAUCAGCGACAAAUUUUCAGUCCUCAAAUACCACAAUUCAAACUGCACAGCAGCAAGCAUGGAGUUUCCAGGAUCCCUCCAAGCAGGCUGAUUUUUCCUCAGGGAAGAAGAGUACAGUAAAACACGAAUUCGGUUCUCUGCAGAGCAGCCAGAGCUACUCCCCUGAGAUUGCCACCAUACAAACCAACAACACUCAGAGCAACAACAACGGGGGGUUCCAAUCAGAUUAUGGCAGCUGCCACCAGCAGGCUCAGUCUCUCAGCAAAAAGUCUGGUGACGGAUACAAUUGGAGAAAAUAUGGUCAAAAGCAAGUUAAAGGAAGCGAAAAUCCAAGAAGUUAUUACAAGUGCACUUAUCCCAAUUGCCCAACAAAGAAGAAAGUUGAGAUGUCCUUAGAUGGGCAGAUUACUGAGAUAGUGUACAAGGGGAGUCAUAACCAUCCCAAGCCUCAGUCUACCAGGAGAUCAUCAUCAUCAUCAGCUUCUUCUCAUUCAAUUCAGGCUUCUAAUUCUGCCCCCACUGAAAUUCCUGAUCAGUCAUUAGCCACACAUGGUAACGGACACAUGGAUUCGGUCGGGACCCCGGAGAACUCUUCAAUAUCCAUGGGAGAUGAGGAUUUUGACCAGAAUUCUCAGAAGUGUAAGUCCGGAGGAGAUGACUUUGAUGAAGAUGAGCCUAAUGCCAAAAGAUGGAAACAAGAGGGUGAAAAUGAAGGUCUUUCGGUAGCUGGAAGCAGAACAGUGAGAGAACCUAGAGUAGUAGUGCAGACAACUAGUGAUAUAGAUAUUCUAGACGAUGGAUACAGAUGGAGGAAAUAUGGGCAGAAAGUGGUCAAGGGAAACCCAAAUCCUAGGAGCUACUACAAGUGCACAUACCCAGAAUGUCCGGUGAGAAAGCAUGUUGAGCGAGCCUCUCAUGAUCUAAGGGCAGUGAUCACAACCUAUGAGGGAAAGCACAACCAUGAUGUUCCCGCAGCCCGUGGCAGUGGCAGCCAUUCUAAUAGGCCUUUGCAAAGCAGCAACAACAACAAUAACAACAUUGCAGCCACCGCAGCAUUUAGGCCGAGACUACCAACAUCUGAGGGGCAAGCACCCUUCACCCUGGAGAUGUUGCAGAGCCCUGGGAGUCACGGAUUCUCGGGAUUUGAAAACGCAAUCGAUUCGUACAUGAACCAGCCUCAAGACACAGACAAUGUGUAUUCAAGAGCCAAAGAAGAACCAAGGGAUGACCUGUUCUUCGAAUCAUUGCUUGCAUAGUUUUGCAAGCGUUGGACACUGAAGGAGAAGGAUCAAAACAAUAAAAAUGAAGCACAGGUUCAUUAAUUUAUUGCAAUUUUUUUGUUUGUUUGUUUGUUUUUGUUGGUGUAUAUUCCCACAGGGAUAUUGGUUUUGUACAUCCAAAAAAUGUAUGUUAUAGACAAGAUUCCCAACUUUAUUCUUUGAUUGUUUGGGGGUUGGGGGGGCUCUCUUGGCUAGAAAACUUGAUAGCCUGAAAAAUCACUUUUUGUAUCUCUUUUCAUUCAUUCCUAGUAAAGUAAAGAAAGAGUUCAUGUUGCCUGGGGUCAA